AUGAUCGGAGCUGGCAUCAACAGCCUGACCGCUAUCAGGAGUUGCCUGGAGGAGGGGCUGGAGUCCACCUGCUUUGAGGGGAGCAAUGAUGUUGGGGGCCUGUGGACGUUCUCGGACCGAGCAGAGGAGGGCAGGGCCAGCAUUUACCAGUCAGUCUUCACAAACUCCUCCAAAAAGAUGAUGUGCUUCCCAGAUUUCCCAUACCCCGAUGACUUCCCCAACUUCAUGCACAACAGCAAACUCCAGGAAUACAUCACUGCAUUUGCCAAAGAAACGAAUCCCCUAAAAUAUAUACAAUUUAAGGAAUCCAACAAUAUUAAAAGAGAUCAACUCCUGACAGAGCUGAGUUUACUUAAAAUGCAAGCAUAUGAAGAGAUCUGUGCAACAGAGGGGCCCCAUAGUAGAGGUUCUCUUUUCACUAUAACCAACAAGAUGAAGAGAUCUGUGUACCAGAGGGGCCACACCAACAGGCCACUGUCAGCUGUGAGUGCACCGUCCAAGAGGCGCCCGCCCGCCUCUUCGGCCACAGGCUCAGCCAUGGGUUUGGAGUCUGCCUCAGCCUCGUCGCCCGCGGGGCAUGGCGGUGAGGCACUGGACUUGCUGAACCACUGUGGUGCAUGCUGGGAGCGCCUGUGACCGAAGCAGGAGCCGUGUCUGCUGCCCUGCCUGCAUUUGGCCUGUAGUGCUUGCCUCAGGCCUGCGGCGCCCGCCGCUGCCAACAGCUUGGGAGACAGCGGCACAGCAGGCGAUGGCACGGGCCCAGCCAAGUUUCGAGAUGAUGAGCAUACAGUCUAUUGCAAUGUGUACAAGCAUGAACCCCUCGUGCUGUUUUGUGAGAGCUGUGACAUUUUCGCCUGCCGGGACUGCCAGUAUGUCCACAAGGAUUACCAGUACCAGUUGCUGGAGGAUGUGGUGAGGAACCAGCGCAAACUCCUGGACUUCCUGGUGAAGCGCCUUGGGGACAAACAUGCCACCCUGCAGAAGAACAUCAAGGAGGUCCGCAGCUCAAUCCGCCAGGUGUCUGAUGUGCAGAAGCAUGUGCAGGUGGAUGUCAAGAUGACCAUUUUGCAGAUCAUGAAGGAGCUGAAUAAGUGAGGCCGCGUGCUGGUCAAUGAUGCCCAGAAGGUGACGGAGGGGCAACAGGAGGGCCUGGAGCAGCAGCACUGGACCAUAACCAAGAUUCAAAAGCACCAGGAGCACAUCCUGAGCUUUGCCUCUUGGGCUCUGGAGAGUGACAACAACACAGCACUGCUGCUGUCCAAGAAGUUGAUUUACUUCCAGCUGCAUCAGGCUCUCAAGAUGAUUGUGGAAUUUGUUGAGCCACAUGGUGAGAUGAAGUUUCAGUGGGACCUCAAUGCUUGGACCAAGAGCGCAGAGGCAUCUGAGAAAAUUGUGGCAGAGCGUCUUGGCACCAACUCAAUAGGCUCUGCACCCAUGGCCCCUCCAAGAGCCCCAGGACCUCUGAGCAAGCAGGAGUCUGGAAGCAGCCAGCCCAUGGAUGUGCAAGAAGACUAUGGCUUCGGGUCAGAUGAUAUUUACACAAGUGCAGAGCCCCAUACGUCAGGCGUGAAAUGGUCCCGCUUGGGUGAGGGCGAGAUGAGCAGCCUCAUGUGCAAGGUGCCACAUGUGAGCCUCGAACGCCUGGAUCUGGACUUUACAGCUGACAGCCAGCCACCCGUCUUUAAGGUCUUUUUAGGCAGCACUACUGAAGAUUACAACCUCAUUGUGACUGAGAGCGGGCCGCCCCGCAAACCCACACCAGCCCUCGGUCCUGGCCACCCACUAGGCUGUCCACAACCUAAUGUGAAAUUUGCACUGAAGUCUGUGUUCGUGUUAGUUCACCAUCCAGUGUCUUUCCCAAGAUCAGCACAGCACGGGAAAUUACAAGCACAUCCUGCAUUUUGCGCUGAGUACAUUCAAGGUCACUGGGGAUGGGAGCACAGCGUGCGCUCUCUGGGCAUCACAAACCCGGCGCCCGCGCCCACCUGGUAG